CCUCGGGAGAAGCGAGAAGGGGCGGGGCUGGCGAGGCAGAAGCUCUUCCGCUGCCGGACUUCCGGCUCCGGGUCCCGGCAGGAGGGGCCGCCGGGCCAGAGGCGGAGCUGCAGGUCUGCCGCGACUUUCAGACGCGGACCAUGGCCUCGUGCUGGUGGCGGUGGCGGCGUGGUUGCUCCUGGAGGCCGGCGGCGCGGAGUCCCGGGCCCGGCUCCCUCGGCCGCGCGGGACUGUCCGGGCUGCGCGCCGCCGCCGCCGCCGCUGCAGCCCGCGCGCAGAUGUCCUGUUUUAAUCUUGUGAAGAGUUUAACAUCUGCCUUUCCAAAUAUGUAUAGUAUAUCACGGUUCCAUCACGUGACGCCAGCAGUGUGCUGCUGUAGUAGAACACGGAGCGGUGAAAAAUACACUGAUCCUUUUAACCUUGGCUGGAGAGACUUGAAAGGUCUGUACGAGGACAUCAGGAAGGAACUAUUCAUAUCUACAACAGAACUUAAGGAUAUGUGUGAAUACUACUUUGAUGGAAAAGGAAAAGCCUUUCGACCAAUCAUUGUGGUGCUAAUGGCCCGAGCCUGUAAUAUUCAUCAUAAUAACUCCCGAAAUGUGCAAGCAAGCCAGCGUGCCAUAGCCUUAAUUGCAGAAAUGAUCCACACUGCCAGCCUGGUCCAUGAUGAUGUCAUUGAUGAUGCAAGUUCCCGAAGAGGAAAACACACAGUUAAUAAGAUCUGGGGUGAAAAGAAGGCUGUCCUUGCUGGCGAUUUAAUUCUUUCUGCAGCAUCGAUAGCUCUGGCACGAAUUGGAAAUACAACUGUUGUAUCUAUUUUAACCCAAGUGAUUGAAGAUUUGGUGCGUGGUGAAUUUCUUCAGCUCGGGUCAAAAGAAAAUGAAAAUGAAAGAUUUGCACACUACCUUGAAAAGACGUUCAAGAAGACUGCAAGUCUGAUAGCCAACAGUUGUAAAGCAGUCUCUGUCCUGGGAUGCCCUGACCCAGUGGUACAUGAAAUUGCCUAUCAAUACGGAAAAAACGUGGGACUCGCUUUUCAGCUAAUAGAUGACGUCCUGGACUUCACCUCGUGUUCUGACCGGAUGGGCAAGCCGACCUCAGCCGACCUGAAGCUCGGGUUAGCCACCGGUCCCGUCUUAUUUGCUUGUCAGCAGUUCCCAGAAAUGAAUGCUAUGAUAAUGAGACGGUUCAGUUCACCAGGAGAUGUGGACAGAGCGAGACAAUACGUAUUACAGAGCGAUGGUGUGCAGCAGACAACCUACCUCGCCCAGCGGUACUGCCGUGAAGCAGUGAGAGAGAUCAGUAAACUUCGACCAUCCCCAGAAAGAGACGCCCUCAUACAACUUUCAGAAAUCGUGCUCACAAGAGAUAAAUGACAGCUCGUUCUGUUAUUUCUGGCAGCUAUUUUACCAGACUGUGCCUAAAGAAUUCUGUGGAGUAUACUUUGCUUCAUGUGCAGGUAACCAAAAAAUCAUUUUAAAAAAUUAUUUCCACCUUAUUAAUGGGACUUUUUUUAUUGGCAAAGUUUUUCAGAAAACUUUUUAAAUGUCAUUAAACCAUCUGAAUCUGUCAUUCUAGUCCUGUAAACUCUAAUCGCGGUACUUGACGGUUAGAUGUGGUAUUGUUUACACGGUUAAUAUCCACAUGUAAAGCCAUUACACAAAUAAAUAAUCAAUGUUAAAAUUCAAA